UAUCUAUCAGCAAUCUCCUCCCUUCAAAACGACAUGCAGACGCUGCGUUUGCCGUAUCAACAGAAUAAAGACCACGAUAGAUUCAGAUUUGAUAACUUCAAGCCUGAAAUGUUUGAGAGCAUAGAAAGCACAUAGAUUGAGAACUCUAAGCUCCGAAGAAAUGGAGAAGCCAUCUUGGUUUCGAACCAUUUUCGUACAGGUGUCUCUAUGCUUUGUUCUCUAUCUUGCUCUCAACUUGGGUCAGCCUCAGAAGCCCAUUCAACGGAAUAGGAGUGGAAACAGAGCUCUUGAUCUUUACUUCAUCAGUGUUAGAGGGGGUUUCAGACCACUUAAGCAACAGACCCAUCUUCUGAAACUGAUGGACAAAGUGGCAAAGGUUUACAAUGUAAGUUUUGUGGUGAACACUAGUGAACUUGGAGAGGAUGAUCCACUCAUGCAGAAUGGUACUGCGUUUUUCUCAUCCCUGAAAAUUCCCUGGUAUACUACUAGAACAACAAAAGGACAUGGAGUCUGUUGCUUCCUAGAGCAGAUAAAGCUACCUUAUGGGAAAACCUUAGACAUUGUCGGUGUGGAUACUGGUUCAUUACAGGAUUUGAUGCUUAGGGGAUCAUCGAGUGAAAUUGGACACAGUCAGUUACAUUGGCUGACAAGGACACUAGAAGCAAUCAGUGGUAACUGGCGCAUUGUUGUUGGAUUCCAUCAAUUGGUUGCUUGUGAAGAGAACAAUGAGCAAAUGGAGGCAAAGCAACUUUAUGAGCUUCUACACCAUACUUUUGUAAGAUUUGGAGUUAAUGCGUACCUAAGCGGACAUGAUUGCACUAAACAUGUUCGUCCUGGCAACAUUGCUUACAUUGGGAAUCCGGCCUCGAGAGAGAAAGAACCUUAUUCGGCAACUGUAAGUGGACAACCAGCCUUGAAUGGAGAAUUGGUCAAUGGCUUUCUUCUUCACAGAGUCAGCGCAAUAGAAAUUGCAACCUACUUCAUUUCCUCAGCUGGGGAAAUUGUGCACGAAAUUGUGCUCCAACACAGGGGUAAGGAGGUGAUGUAAAAUCCUCAUUUUGAGGAUCAAAACUUUUCCCUUGUGUGAAGCCAUGAUGCAAUCUUCAAAAAGAAACUGCAUUUGAAUUGCCCCUCGACUUGAAGCAAGUUUUCCUAUGUCAGAUACACCAUUCAUUCUCAACAAGUUUUCAACCGUUUGAAAGUACUAUUUUGUUGGGGACUAGAAAAUGUGAUUAUCAAUUUGUUGAGGAAUAAUUCCAUAUUGCCUGUAAACAAGGCAUUGGACAUUUUUAUAAGGAAUGAGACGAGUUAAGCCCAUAAAAUUUUUUUUAAUGUAUAUUUCUUUCUAUUUAUAUGGAUUCAAAUUUAAGUUUAUAACAGAAGAAAGAUGGAUACAUAAGAUGUAUCAUUGACCAUUUAUAAUUAUCCGAGUGAAUUUUCAUAACAAACAUCUUUUCCCUAAUACUAUGUUGGUUAUUUUAUGUGUGUAUCACUCUUACGACGGCAUAAUCCUAAAAAUAAUUUUGAAUAAUCAGAUUUAUUUGAAAAUGAAGUUUCAGGUACUAGUUAUAUAUGUAUAAACUAACACUAAUAUUGAAUCAAAAGUCUUACACUCAAGAGCUAUGCAACCAUCAAUAAAUAUUAUAGAAAUUCUCGAGGUGGAAGCCAGACAGAAACCGAACGGGCAAUGGACUGAUGGAGUGGGAAGUUCUGAAAACUCACGUGACAUGGAGCAAAACCAUGAGGACGACAAAGUAUAGUGUUGUAAUAUAAAUAGUCCUCCGAGGAGGACAUUUAGGGUUCACUCUCAUUAGUUUAAGAAUGAGGCUCUGCUCUCAGAGACGAUGGCUGGCGGCGCCCUUUUGAAAGGCGGUGUUUGCCCUCCGUCUCUGGACGCCUGCGGAGCCGAUGAUUUUCUUAGAGCACUCCCAAGUCCCAAUGGAUUAUCUAUAUGAUCAUGCAUGCACACAGACUCUCUCUCUCUCUCUCUCUCUCUCUCUCUGUCUCUCUAUCUAUCCAUAUGCAUAUAUAUAUAUAUAUAAUAAAUGAGGCGGUGAUGAUGUUCUCAGCUUGUACUACCAGAUACUGGAUAAAGGGCAGACCCGUUUCUUGGCGGGGCGACUCCGAGCCUCCUGUGUUAAAGUGACUGCUUUGUCCUUUUUCAGUGGCAGCUCCUUGUUGCAGCCAUGGCCGGUGGAUUUCCUUUCUCCUUUUGUCUGAUAAAAGGCGAAUCUGAGCCUCGA